UAGUUGCACAUUGAAAUUUAUUUCGGCUUUACAGAUUGCCUUCCCAGAAUCCACUGCGCCUUCCCAGGACAGGAGUGGGCGUGGCAGUGUAGAAUGGUUGGAACGCGGAAGUGGCUGUGUGCAGUGUAAUGGAUGACGAUGGGUCCAAGGCAAAAAAGAGGGUCCUACCACAGUGGAUGACGGAGGACAAAGUAGAUACAAAGAAACCAUUUCCAACAAAUGUGAAGAGAAAGAAGUACAGAUCUCCCAGGAAGUCAACAGUUUACUGUAUGAAUGAAAAAGAAUUGGUUGACUAUGCACUUGAGAUCAUAAACAAGAUGUACGCGGUAUUUACUGCAGACAAGGCUGACGUGGCAGGCCUGUCGACCAUCACACUGAGACGCCGGCAAAAAGUGACGUUAAAAUUCAGACUCCACCAGAGUGCGACUUUGACAUGGCCACUCCACCAAAGUGCGGCCUAGACAUGGCCACUCCACCAGAGUGCGGCCUAGACAUGGCCACUCCACCAGAGUGCGGCCUAGACAUGGCCACUCCACCAGAGUGCGGCCUAGACAUGGCCACUCCACCAGAGUGCGGCCUAGACAUGGCCACUCCACCAGAGAGCCACUUCCACAAGGACACUCCACCAGAGUGCAACUUCCACAAAGAGACUACACCAGAAGAACCCUCAAUCAUCAUAGAACCAGACAAAAGAAAAAGAACCAGAAAAAGAAACAAAAAUAGAAAAAAUGAAAGACUGUAUAAGUGCGGCCUAGACAUGG